CUCCCUCCUGCGCCUUCCCGCCGCCCGCCCCCCGCGCACGGCGCCUCUCGCCCCGCGCCGCCGCCGACACGGCCGCCGCUGCUGCUGCGGGAACAAAGGAGGGAAGCGGCGGCGGCGGUGCCGCCAGCCCCGCGCCCCGCGUCCCCCUGUCCACUCCUCUCCCGCCAGCCACCCGGAGCCGCCCGCGGCGCCUUCUCCGACACCCGACGCGGGGUUUCUGGCCCCCGCUGGGAACAGCAUCGAGAUGACUCAGGAGACAAACCAGACCCCAGGGCCCAUGCUGUGUAGUACAGGAUGUGGAUUUUAUGGAAAUCCUAGGACAAAUGGGAUGUGUUCUGUUUGCUACAAAGAGCAUCUUCAGCGGCAACAGAAUAGUGGUAGAAUCAGCCCAAUGGGAACAGCCAGUGGUUCAAACAGUCCUACCUCAGACUCUGCAUCUGUACAGAGAGCAGACACUAGCUUAAACAACUGUGAAGGUGCUGCUGGCAGCACAUCUGAAAAAUCAAGAAAUGUGCCUGUUGCCGCUUUGCCUGUAACGCAGCAAAUGACAGAAAUGAGCAUUUCAAGAGAGGAAAAAGUAACACCGAAAGCAGAGACUGAGCCAGUUGUUACUCAACCAAGCCCGUCAGUUUCUCAGCCUAGUACUUCGCAGAGUGAAGAGAGAGCUCCUGAGCUGCCCAAACCAAAGAAGAACAGAUGUUUCAUGUGCAGAAAGAAGGUUGGCCUUACAGGAUUUGACUGCCGAUGUGGGAACUUAUUUUGUGGACUUCACCGUUACUCUGACAAGCAUAACUGCCCGUAUGAUUAUAAAGCAGAAGCUGCAGCAAAAAUCAGAAAAGAGAAUCCAGUUGUGGUGGCUGAAAAAAUCCAGAGAAUAUAGAUUAACCUGCUUGUGAACAGACUGACUGACUUUUUGUUUUUAAUAUAUCCUAGGAAAACACAAAAGAGCAGGUGCAUGGCCAUUUUCCUCUGUUCUGCAAAGUUUUACUUUUAGUCUUGUCUUCUUAACGAUAUUUCAGAAUGUUUGGGUGUUUGUUACAGGCAGAAUUGGAUAGAUACAGCCCUUGAAAAUAUAUAUGCCCUCCCCAGAAUAUAAUUGGAUGAUCAGAAACCUGCGUAGUAGGAAUACACAUGCACAGAGGACAGUCUCUCUAGUUCACAUGUGCCAAACAGAUGUAUGCUAUCUGCAUGUUUGCAGCAGAUCUGCCUUUUGAGAUGUGUUUGAGGUACGUAAUCUUUGACUAGUGUUACGUGCCUGUUUUGGAGAAGGAUACAUCAAAAAGGUUGGCAGUCUACUUCUAUCAUUUAAAACAUCAUUCUAAUUUUAGUUUCCACACUCCAUUGUUUUCCAGCAGAAUGUAAGUUACGUAGAGGGGUCCGCUAUCCCAGUAAGAUGAGUGUUGGUGCCAUGUUUAAGAAAGUCACUUACCAAUUGCACUAAGAAAAACGGAAAAAAUCAGAUACGUAUGAAAAGAAAACUGUUUUGGAAAAGAUGAUGUUUACUUUAGAAUCAUGAAAAUGAGGAAAAACUUCUCUAUUUUAAGGGUGCCAGAGCACUAGAACAAGCCGCGCAGAGAGGUGGUGGAGUCUCCUUCUCUGGAGACAUUCAAAACCUGCCUGGACGUGUUCCUGUCCAGCUUGCGGUAGGUGGAUGUGCUCUGGCAGGGGGGUUGGACUAGGUGGUCUCCAGAGGUGCCUUCCAACCCCUACCAUUCUGUGUGAUUCUGUAAAAUAGGUUCCCAAAGGAAACGUCCUGCUAGGAACUUACGUACUGGCCUGCAACAGAGUUGUCUGCUUUUUCUUGCGUAGCAAAAAAUGUUGUGUAGCACAAUAUUGUAAGAUUGGUUUACAAAAAAAAAGUUACAUAUGUUUUCAGACAUACCACAGCAGCUCUAUCAAGCAACGCGUCUGAUGAGUAAGUUGCUGAAGUAUUAGAGCAGUUUAUUAUUCAUAUACUACUUAUGUUCUGUGUGUUCUGAGUUCGAAAGAAUAUUAGGAGUUAAUUUUUUCUAGUUUUAAAUGUAACAGUUGCACCAUUCUGCAUGGAAAACCAUACCCAACAUGGCUGCUGUAGACUUAAGUGGUAGCUGGAACCACUCUUGGAGGGCUGCUUUAUCAUUUUUAAUUGUACUUGGGUGUAGGACUGUAGUGUUCUUGGGUGUAUUGCAUGGGCUGCAUUAUCUACAGCAUUGUACAAUAACAACUCUAGAAAAGGCAGUAUACUUCACUGAUGCUUGUCUGGUAAUAUCACUUCUGUGUUAUAAUGGAAGGUUUUUUGUGAUGUAUGAAACUUGUGUUUUUUAUAUAAACAAGUACAGUUUAGACUAGUGUUGUGGUAAUGCCUGUUCUCAUCUGUAAAUAGUUAUGUAUGUACACAAGAGGCUACUCCUGAACUUCCGAUUUUUAUUGCAGUGUUCAGUCUUAGUUUUUACUUCACUAUUAAAAGCAUCAGGUUUUUGCUUCUA